AUGAAAAAAGCUAAAGUCCUAUUUUCGCCUUCUAAAGGUGGGAAGAAGGAAAAUAAAAACCCGAACCGAAUGCGUAAAACAUCCUUUACAAGAACGCAGAAAAUGUUUGAAGUAUUUAACGAUAAUCGCUCUCACUUCAACAAAUAUGAAAGUCUCGCUAUCGAUAUCGACGAUGAUGGCACCUUCGGAAACUUUGUCUUGAUGGAAAAUAAUAAGGGUGAUAUUGACAUACCUGUAAUAGAGGAAGAUACGUCAGAUGAUGAUAAAAAAAUGAAGGGAUCUCGUGAAAAACGUAAUUCUCUGGAAGAUAAUCAGGACUUCAUCCCGUUUUUUGACAGUUCUGAGGACGAACAGGGGGAAGAAGAAGGAAAUUCGGAGGGAGUAAGCGGCUUCCUGAUGCCUGAUCAAUACGAAAUCACAAAGAAUAAUACACAAUCUCAUGAGAAUACCCACAGCACUUCUAACACAGAGUAUCCUUGGAUUAGAAACCAUAAUCACUCGAGGCAAAGGAAAAUAGCUGAGUGGCUAACUUCAGAGAUCAAAGAUUUCGUUCAUUAUAUAUCCCCAAGUAAGUCCGAAAUAAAGUGCAGGAAUCGUACCAUCGAUAAACUACGUCAAGCUGUUAAGCAAUUAUGGUCAGAUGCAGAUUUGCAUGUUUUUGGUUCCUUUGCUACCGAUUUAUAUUUGCCCGGCUCAGAUAUAGAUUGUGUAAUAAACAGUCGCCAUCAUGAUAAAGAGGACAGAAACUAUAUUUACGAAUUGGCGAGAUAUUUGAAAAACGAAGGUUUGGCCAUAAGAAUGGAAGUCAUUGUCAGAACACGAGUGCCUAUCAUCAAGUUCAUAGAACCGCUAUCUCAGUUACACAUUGAUGUUUCAUUCGAAAGAACCAAUGGCCUAGAAGCUGCAAGGCUUAUUAGAGAAUGGCUGAGAGAUUCACCAGGAUUGCGUGAACUGGUACUUGUUAUAAAGCAGUUCCUGCAUUCAAGACGGUUGAACAAUGUGCACACUGGCGGUCUGGGGGGAUUCACGGUAAUUUGUCUGGUUUAUUCUUUUUUAAAUAUGCAUCCACGGAUAAAGUCAAACGAUAUUGACACUCCAGAUAAUCUUGGUGUCCUGUUGAUCGACUUUUUCGAGCUUUACGGUAAAAAUUUUGGUUAUGAUGACGUUGCUAUAAGUAUAUCCGAUGACCACCCCUCUUAUAUUCCGAAGUCGCAUUGGAAGACUUUGGAAUUAUCAAGAAGUAAAUUUUCGCUAGCUAUUCAAGAUCCUGGUGAUCCAAAUAACAAUAUAAGCAGGGGUUCUUUUAAUAUGAAGGAUAUCAAAAAGGCUUUUGCUGGUGCAUUUGAGUUGUUGGUUAAUAAAUGCUGGGAACUGGAUUCUGCCACUUUCAAAGAUCGUGUUGGAAAAAGCAUACUAGGGAAUGUUAUCAAGUAUCGUGGGCAAAAAAGAGAUUUCAAAGACGAAAGAGACUUGGUAGAAAAUAAAGCCAUCAUUGAAAACGAGCGCUACCAUAAGAGGCGCACGAGGAUAGUCCAUGAGGACGUAUUUAUAAACGACACUGAAGAUUUGCCAGCAGAAGAAAUCUACAAACUCGAUGAGCCUCCAAAGAAGAAGCGGAAGGCAAAAAAGGAUAAGAAGGAGAGGAGCACAAAAGAAAGCGCCAUUCCUUCUCCUCCUCCGGAGUUGACAGUGACUAAGACUAAAAGAAAGCAUAAAAAAAAGACAGUCACUGCCGGUUCAUUCACACAGCGUGGCAAUCUCAGUAUAGAUGCCUUAAUGGGGCUUUCAGACAAUGACGAGGGGUCCGGCCAGGAUCAGAGAGGAAGUGAAGUUUCCUUAGGACAAGAUGAGAAGCAACCACUGGAGCUGCAGACCGUGGACGCACAAACUAGGAGAGACUACUGGCUCUCAAAAGGCCAGGCUCUCUAG